CAUUAAAUGGCUCAACAUGCAAUCUUGCAUGAUUUCAACAAAGCAAUCAUAGCCCACAACUAGCUAGGUUGGUGAAGCAAACUUCCACACAAAAAGUCCAUGGGUUCACACAUGGGGUUGGACUUUCUUCCAACAAAGGUGCCCACUAGUUUAGUAAUGGUUCCGACCGGAGUCUUGUUAGUAAAUCAGGUUUACGGAUUUGGCUACGACCCUAGCACAGACAAUUACAAGUUGACGAGAGUACAUACUUCUAUGACUACAAUCCCAACUCGGAAGUUAAGAUCAAGUGGAGUGGGAAUGUGUAUGAGGAGUCUUGUUGCCCAUAAGGACAGUAGUGAAAUUGAUGAUGGGAAGAGGAAACAAACUAUUGUGGAAAAGAAGAAUAAGAAGAGCAAGAGAAGGAAAAAUUCUCGAUCAGUGGAACUUAAGCAAGGGAGAAGGAUGGGUUUGAGCCCAUGGCUGCUCCUUAUUCUGUCAUUGUGGAUUGGUUUGGGUGAGAUUCCUCCUUUCAAGAUUCAUGUGAGCCUCUAUGACAUGUACUCAAGGGCUGGAGUUAAGAAGAAAGCUCCUCAGGCUCUUGGAGUUCUUGAAGCGAAGAAGGAGGAAUUGGGGCUCCAGGACUUUGAGAGGAUUGUAAAUGCCCUCAUAGCAGGUGGGUUUAUGCUGGAAGCUAAAGGGCUGUAUGGUAUGAUGGAGGCUCAGGGUAUUGCUGCAUUGGAUCAACAAAAGGUAGCCCUAAUGGCAUCUCAAACUUUCACUCGGAAAAGACCAAUGAGGAGAUAAAAUGCAUGUACUUUUUGCUGCAAUUGAACAUCAAUGAGACGGCUGGAUAUUGGUCAUUAAGAAUUCUUAACACAUUGAGUGGCAAGUAGCUGUAAUUUAUGAACAAGUGAGAACAUACAGUGUCAACUAAAUCCAAUUUUUGUUU